AAACUAAUACAUAUCCACAAAAUUCAAUUAUAAAAGCUCAAACUAAAACAUAUAGUUUUAGUUAUGAAAUUAUACAAGAAGGUUAUUAUCCUUUAUCACCUAUAUUAGCAUAUAUAUUUCCUCCUAAUAAAUAUAAAAUACCUGAUAAAUAUAUUGUAAAAACAACCUUUGGCAAAAGAUCUAAUCAACAAACAAUUAAAUGUUUAAUUAAUUAUAUAAAUAACAAACCUUUAUAUCGUAUUGAAUUUGAAAAUCAAAUUGUUGAAUCAAAAAAAUCUGCAAGUAAAGUAGCUAAUUUGUAUCAAGAUGCAUUAAACAAAAUAGCUCAAUUAAAAAAUCCAUAUAAAUUAUAUGGUUCUACUCGCCUUAAUGGAAUAGAAAUUUUUGGAUUACAAUUACAAAAUAUCAAAAAGGUUUAA